CAUUAGACUCUCACUCUGGCAGUCCCUGGCUCUGCUGCAAAAAAUUGAAGUCAUCUCACAUUCCGGUUUCUAAAAGUGAAUGUCGUUUCAGCCUGAUCACAUCUGUGGGCAGUGAAUGAUAUCAAAACUUUUCCAGAGAGCCCAGUUUCACCUGUCCAGAGUGAUGUCUGGGAAGCCAUACCAACUCAAACCAUCUCGUCUUGGAGUUGAGGUGUUCGGUAUCGAUCUUGCUCAGCAGCAACCGCAGGAAGUGAUUGACGAGAUAAAACAGGAUGUGGCCCAACACAGGCUGAUGAUCUUCAGGAACCAGAGCGUGAUCUCUGGGGACCGCCAUGUGGAGAUCAGCCUCUGGUUUGGAGAGUUAGAGUCCACUUUCUACAAGCAUCCCAAAUCGCCCCACCCUGAUGUCUUUAGAGUGUCUAACGUGGAGAGUGAGGGGUGCAGGGGGGUGGGGCGGACUGGAUGGCACAUCGAUGGAAGCUUUCAGCCGGCGCCAUUCAACUAUUCGCUCUACUACAUGCAUGUCGUGCCUAAGGAAGGGGAUACAGUGUUUGCCCCUUUGAAUGAGAUCAUUGUUGGUCUUUCUGAGGACCAGCUGGCUCGAUGGGAGAGGCUAUAUAUGAUGAGUGACAGACGCGGAGGCUCAGUACAUCCCCUUGUCUACUCCCAUCCUCGGACUGUAAAAAGGACACUGUGCUUCCAUCUUGGUAUGACCGAUGCUUUCAUAUGGGACUAUGGUACACCUGGACAAAGGCUGACCAAUCCUAUUGAGACCCAGGAGAUUCUUAAUGAGAUUCAUCAUGAGUUUGUCAAGGACGAUGGUGCUGUUCAGUACUCACACAAGUGGCAAGUCGGGGAUUUCAUAAUCUCAGAUAAUCUAGCCGUCGGUCAUGAGGCGACGCCCCAGACCCAGGACUCGGUGGAGCGGGUGGGGCUGAGAGUACUCCAUAGGACCACUGUCAAGGGGACGCAACCUCCCACCAAAUGCUAUCAGCUGGACACACCCACUUAGUGGGUGGGGUCUGUAAGAUUUUGGCGGUGUGUUGGAGUUACCAUUUCUGAAAUCUUAAUAUGUCAGUGCUAGAAUACAUGCAUGCUGCAAAUAUAAUGAAGAUGUCAACACCAAAUUUAAGAGGAUAAAAAGACAAAUAAGGAUGGUUUAGGGUUAUUUGCAUGAAUCCAUUAAACCCCAAAAAGGAAAUCUAGUUGGUUUUUGUUAGAAUAUUUUUCUUUAAAAAUGUUAGCUUUCAAAGUCUCAUUUUAGUUUCUUUAAGAAAAAUAUAGCAAGGAAAGAUACACUUGGAAGUAAGUCAAUUUCCGUAUCAUUGUUUUUUUUUAAAUUAGAAUAACAUCAUCCACCGUUUCUUUGAUGCAUUAGAAUUAACAUUUUCAAAUUACUUUAAAACUGUUUCUUUCAUAAUUCAAUCUUUGUUUGCCAGAAAAAACUUUGUGGUUCACAUUGAGUGUCUUUUAAAUUUAUUUCAAAAGAGCGAGAGUCAAUAAAUUACCAUGUGACUUUCCAAAGGCAGUAGCUUAUUAGUUGGUCUAAACUUUUGAUAAAUCAUGUAAUUGAUUUUUUAUCAUACAAAUAAUUUUAAAAAAGAAAAGGCAUGAAAAUUUGCAAUUAAUCAAUUUAAAAAAAGAGAGAAACUUGUACUUUGCUGUUUCAAGUAUUGAUGAAAAACAAAAUUUUGAUGUUGGAUGUAUUUUUUAUUGAAUAAUGACAGAAGCUAUUUACAGAUAUUCACUUAUUCUAAAAAAUAAUUCAUGUACUUUGGGGGUUAAAUAAUUGGUGAAAAAAAACAAAUUUGAGGUUUGGUGUCUUUGCAAAUGAAUGAUAUGUUGUGCAAUAAACUUUUAGAAUAGUUCUUUAAAAGUUUUAAAAUAAUCAGUUUCUCCCUUGCUUUGUAGAUCAAAGAUAGAGUUCACUUGAAAUUGUUAUAUAACAUUAUAAGCAGCUGAAUAUGAAAUAAAUAUUUUCUAUACAAUAAACAAAGAAUGAAUGAUUUAUUGU